AUGUGUUCAGGCAGCUUUGCCAAAUGUCUGGGGAUCAGUUUGAUGCCUCUCGCAAUUGCAUGUAUGCUUUGUAACAUCCUGCUCUUUUUCCCCGGUGGGGAGACUGCAGAUAGCGCACAAAUCACUGUUGAAGUAUUAUACUGUGGAGGCCUUCUGGGAUCUGGAGUGCUGAUGAUCUUCCCAGCCCUGGUCUUCUUCGGUCUGAAGAACAAUGACUGCUGUGGUUGUUGUGGCAAUGAAAGCUGUGGAAGGAGAUUUGCGAUGCUGAGUUCUAUACUUUUUGCGGCUGUUGGUGUUUUUGGGGCAGGUUACUCUGUUAUAAUUUCUGCUGUGGCCAUUAACAAUGGACCAAAGUGCCAGACCAACUCAACAACAUGGGAGUACCCGUUCUCAGAUGGGGACUAUCUAUCCAAAUCCAGUAUGUGGGAAAAGUGCAUAUCGCCGCGUGAUGUGGUACCCUGGCACCUGACUCUGUUUUCCAUGCUGCUGAUAUUCGGUUUGAUCCAGAUGGCGCUGUGUGUGGUGCAGGUGCUGAAUGGCCUUUUCGGAGCCUUGUGUGGGGACUGCUGUGGCUGCUGUGGAGGGAGCAAUGGAGCUGUCUGA